AUGGAGGACGGCUCCAUGCAGCUCGUUCCCGGAAGGAGCGUCGGCUUCUUGACGCUCGGGUGCUCAUUGCACGAAGCCUUGACCGCUAUAAAAGCAGAGGUGCGGGCAUUUCCCAGGUUUCAGCUCUAUCAUGACGACUCCCGCCCGAUCGCGUCCCCAAUACACGUCGUACUUCCAGACAAUGGCCUGCGGCUACAGUUCGAUGGACCAGACCAACGAUUAAGACUGAUAGAGGUUUUGGACUUUUUGAAGGCAAAGCUGGUGUAUAAGGAUGUGGAGGUCUUCAAGCCAGCAGAGGGCAUCGGAGGCAUAUCAUCGGGGCCAUCAGGACCCAAAUUUAGGCACAUCUAUGACAAGCUCCUUGGGCCAACCUACGGCGGCGAGUACAUUCCCCCGAACAACCAGGAUGACCCGAACGCUAAGGGCGUGUACAACCUAUCGUAUCCGGGCGUAGCCUUCAAUUUCCCAGUUCAGCACUCCGCGUACUCGCCGAAGAAGGAUUUCAUCUCUCUGCUCUCCUCUUCCGCAACUGGUCCCGCGACGUCUAUGGCGGUAUUUAAUGGCGAAUCCUGGCAGAAAGCGCGCGGGACGCUCUUCACAGCGACUCCACCGAACCCUAGGGCAGCGUCCCUGGCGGGGAAAGGCAAGGAGGGAGGGCCAGAUGAGAUAGAAAUGGUACGAAUACAUGGCGAAGGAAGGAUAGAGCUCGUCAGACGGUCAACGAGCGACGUUUCUGACCACUCGCCUCUCGGGUUGACGCCCGAUGAGACUGAUUCUGAUAACAACUCCGUCAUUGGCACAGACAAUGAGGACGAUUGGGAAGAUGAUGAUGAGGCGGCGCUAGAAGCUCAAGAGCGCGAGGUUGCUGCUGCGGAGCACUUUUACAACUAUUACCAUCAUGGAUUCGACAUUCUCAUCUCACAGCCGACUCAAAUAUCCCCGUCUUCGCCAACUGCUGAGAGGAAAGAGGCCGAGCUUCAUGAGGGUGGUGAGCUCAGCGCUCAACCGCUAAAUCACCUUGCCGCUACGAAAGUGAUAUUCCACGGCAACAUUCCUGGGUCGUAUCAGUUCAACCGCCAUCGACGAAGCAGGUGGUCGCUAGAGCACGUCCCCUCCGAACACUUCAGAGACCCCCUUAACUCAGAAAUGCGUUUUGCGGAUAUUUCCGGCCGACUAAAGGAAGUCUUCAAGUCCUAUUACGAAAACGAAGAGGAAGAGCGUCUGCAGCAACGUGGCAUGGCCCUGAAUAGGGGUUGGGGCGAUAGUCCUGGCAGCAGCUGCGAACUCCUCGGCGGGUGGGAAGACGGCUCGGGAAGGAAGAGCAAGUUCGCGAAUGCGGGGUCCGGCAUAAUUGAGGGGGACAGCAAUGUUGGCAACGUGGAGCUGUUUGGAUUUCCGGGCAUGGUGUUUGAGGUAUUGAAGAACGGUGCUGUGAGCGCCCUCACGGUGUACUAGCGAUUUCAUUUGCAUUGCAUAGACGGAGUUUGGGGCGUGCCUUAUCUUACUUCACGAUACCUUGGUCGAAGUUUGGUCGUGGUUAUGGGCGGCUCACAACGGCUUGUUAGCAUUUCAGAUAGAAGCAAUCUUCCACAUUUCACUUGGAG